AUGGCAUCAACUACCAGACGGCCAGUAGUUGCCAUUGCAGGGGCCACCGGCCAUCUCGGAAAGCACGUCGCAUCAGCGUUCCUCUCCUCCCGUUUCAGCAAUCAUUUUUCGGAAAUCGUCUUCCUCUCGCGGCAAGGCGGACCACCAGAGAUCGCAGACCCAGCUACAAAUGUCAAGCUCACGGUGCGACAGUAUGAUGAGGACAAUCUCGUCGAUGCGCUCAACGGCAUCCACAUUCUCGUGAAUACUGUGGGAGCAUCCGGCCACGCAUUCAAAGAGAAGCUCCUCCGCGCUCUACCGCAGACCCAAGUAGAAUUAUACUUCCCAUCCGAGUUUGGGGUGGACCACUACAUCCACGACUUCCCGCACUUGGAGUGGGAUCAGAAAAAGAAACACAUUACUCUGGCCCAGCAGCUUAUCCCCGGUAUCAAAGUAUGUCGUGUGUUCUGUGGACUGUUUCUAGAAGACAGUAUUGGGCCCUGGUUUGGGUUUGACACGAAGAAUGGGAAGUAUGAGAGUGUGGGAUCUUCCCAAUCGCUCGUGUCAUUUACCUCGCUCGGGGAUGUCGGGAAAGCAGUUGCCUCAUUGGCUGGUUUGCCCAAGGAGAAGAUCCCGGAGACAGCCCAUAUUGCGGGGGAUACGCGGUCCAUCUCGGAGAUUGCAUCGCUAAUGGGAGAUGCCGGUGCUGGGCAGGUUCAGGUGACGGAGAUCGACCUCCGGCAGUAUAAAGAGGAGACCACAUCGAAGGAAUCGAAAGAUCCGGCCCGUUUCCUGCGUUUCUUGAUGGGGGAGAAUAAGAUUAAUCACACCGGGGCGGGAAUUGGGAAUGAUGAUGAGUUGAUGAAUCCGGACCAGCAGUUAUGGAAGACACAUGGACAGCCUUGGAAGGACUUUGUAUGGCCUCCUCAGUGA